UGUAGCUUAACAUGCUGGUUGCGCCUCGGGAGGGAGAGAGCUAGAGAUGCUUAUUUUGUUCAUAGACAGGGUGGAAAUAAACACGACAACGCUAUUUAUUGUGGUGAAUUAACGUGUUCGCAAGAAACGGUGAAGUAAUUUAUGCUUAGUAGCUGAUACAGACAGUAAUAACACCUCUUAUAUACAAAUAAUUAGAGAGUCGGUAAGGCGACGUUUUUGUUGUACACUAGAACGUCUGUAUGUGUUUGCGCACGAUUCCUAGAACUAUACCUUUACGUAGGUCUUUAAGUGCUGUUCGAAAUUUAACGUGAACAUUUGUGCUAAAUAAGGAUUACUCCACCCCAAAAUUAAAAUUAUGUCAUGAAUAACCCCCCCCCAGUUGUUCCAAAACGGUAUAAAUUUCGUUGUCCGGUUGAACACAAAAACCUGAGGGAGGGUAUAUGAUUUUGAAUAAAUGAAUAUACAUGUUGGGGUGGAUUAUCCCUUUCCCCAUCUAAACUAGUGCAAUAUUUAUCUUAAUGUUUAGGUCUGUGGUGGAAAAUUAUAAGAUCUAUCUCACCUCUGUGCAAGCACAAUGGAGGGCUGUCAGAUGUCGUGUUCAUUUUAUGGUUGCAAGAGGACCUACAACAAUCCAGAGGCACUGAGUAGCCAUCUUCAGGACCACAAUAAGAACACAGCCCAAUCUCUUCCUGGGAAAGUUUUCCUGUGCUCUCAAAUAGGAUGUGAUGGUUCGUUUAACAACAUGCAGCAGCUUAUGGAACAUAUGAGACAUCAUUACAAACCAAAUAACUUUUUUUUGUGUGAGAGCUGUCGGGCCAAGCUACGUUCGUACCGCACCCUUUUAAAACACCUUCAAACCUGCGCUAAAGUCGCUAAGAACAAGGCUGCAAAGUCAGAGACGGGAAUGACGCCUGAUGCAGAUGCUGCUGGUGUUCCUCUCACCUCUGAUGACAUUGUGGUUAAGACCGAUCCAGACGACUCAAAGGAGCUAGAGGAUAUGGAGUCCACACCCACUUUGCUCACACAUCAAACACACAUGCCAGUGACCGAGCGAUCUCCAGAAAACAAUUCAUUCACAAACCUAAACUCUCCUGGCUCUGCGAAUCUGUUCCUCUCCACUCCCAGUCCUGCCUCAACCCCAAAUCUUCCAGAGACUCUCUGCAAUCCUUUUCCACCCACUUUGUCUCCUGUUAAUCCAGCCUACCUACCAGAUCCGGGCUCGCAGCAGCAGCGGUCACCCAGGUCUGGUCCUCCAAGUCUGCCCUCUUCACCAUUACUGCCAUCAUCUCCAGGAUCUAAUGCGGUCUGGAGGAAGAACCAAGGUCAGUCCUUCAACUGUCGCAUCCUGUGGGAACACACCAGAGGGAGAUACAGUUGCCUACAAUGCGGCCACUGUACCCCAGACCGGGGGGAGAUGACCGCUCACAUUGAGUGCCAGCACAAGAAUCAUGGGGGCAAAGUUCACAAUGACCCUGGUAUUGCUCUUAUCCAUACACCACUGAAUGACUUUGUUUGCUUGUGGGGCGGAUGGAACAAGCUGGUUCUAGUCAGUCUUGGACCGAAGUUGUUUUGUUAUUCUCUCAUCGUGGUUCUGGACAUGUUGAGGUUCAUACUUUUGUUUGCAAAUGACUAAAUCUUUUGUGCAUUUUUACAGAUCCGGAGGGUGCUCCUUCUUCCUUACUGGCUAAGACUUCACUACACUCUGAGAAUUCAACGUAUACGCAGCUCUAACAUGAAAUAAGAUGAUGCAUUUAUUGAUUGAAGUGUGUUUCAGCUUUCAAAAUGGAGAUAAACUGUUUUCAUUUCACAGAAAAAUCUAAGCGUCUCUCAAACGAUCAGUCCAUUUAUCACAAUUCAAACUUGAGCUUAAUCUUGCUUGUAAACUUGCAUGUGCUUCAUUGAAUAGUUUUGAAUAGUAUCUAAUAUUCUCAGUAUAUAGAUAUUUAGUUGUUGGUUUGUAAUGUCAAUUUAAUAAUUGCUAUUGUUAUAAAAUCAAUGUGUUUAUAGUGUUUGCAAACAAAAAAUAAAUCAGCCAGAAACAA